AAAAAAAAAACGCAUGGAGGCUUAAAUCAGCAACUUUACCCCUUAUACUUAACAUUCCUACUUUUCCAUGCACUUUUUUUCAUAGAGUAUCAAAUGAAAAACAAUAGGGGAGAAAACACAACAGAUCGCCCUUAGAAACAGCUGGAGGAAGGGAGGAACGGACUGACGAGAAACAGUGUAAUGGAAAAGAAGCGGAAGACCCUUGUACAUCAGCUGUAGUAUAAAAGUGUGGGUUACAUGAUCGAAAACAGGAAGCUGGGCACUGUUUGUCAUCUUCUGCAGAUCUGAGAUGUAUAGCACUGAUUCAACCACCAUGGCCUCUGAGCAAGGAGAGCAGAUGGAAUCUCCAGGGACCUGUGAGAAUGGAAUCUCUUUGAAUCACUUCAUGCAUUAUUCUCUUAUACCAGCUGUGCUGAUUGUUGGAGUGCUUUCAUUCCUCCAGAGAAGACACCAGAAACUGGCCAUCGACCACAGACUGCCGUUUCUAAGAGGGCGUUUUGCAGUUGUGGUGCCUUUGGAUACUAUGGGCUUCAGUGAUCGUCUGGCUUUUGGCUUUGCUUACGGUGCUGUGUCUUAUAAAAUCCUGCUGCUCAUCAUUGAACAAAGACUGCCCAUCAGUGUCCCCAACUGGGCUAAAGCUAUCGCAUACCUGAUCGGAGCCUUAGAGGUGGGUUUGGCAUAUUUCCCUUUCUUUGCAUGUCUGUCUACACCUGCCAAGAUCCCCGGUGCUGUGAUGGGAAUAAUCUACUCAAUAUGCUGGAUCGUCGUCAUUAUCUGGGAUAUAUUCACCUGUGAAGAGCAUGAGGUGGCUGGAUGGUUUAUACAGGUGUGGGGUGAACACCAAAAGCUGAUUUACGAGUGGCCAUGGGUCCUCUCCCACAUUGUCCUCUUAGUGCAAUUCAUCUACAUGCUGAUCAAAGGUGUCCGGGUGCACCUGCAACUGGAGGAUGAGGAGGACCCUCAGGAGCUGAUGCAACACCACCAGAUGCAGCAUGUUAAGAGACUGCUGAGGAAAAUACCUGAACACAGCCAGUCCACGACUUGGUUCCAGAGACGACUAUACGAAUGGGACCCCUACUUUAAGUUCCCUAGCAGGGUCAUCGGCACUGCUGUUGUAUCCCUUUUCACUUUAUAUACGUUUGCACUUGCACACUAUCGUAUCACUAUGGAUGUUUUUGAAAAAUUAGAAGCAAUGGUGCUACCUAAUGGUAGUACAGAUCCGAUGAACCCACUGGUACGAUGGUUCAGUGUUCUGAGACACUCUUGGCUAAUUUCUUCACUGUUGGCAAGUUUGAACUUUAUUGUCUACACCUUCCAUGUGCUGGUAUGUUACAGGAAACACUUGAAAAGAUUGUGGAGAGGACAGAAGGGCUUUCUUCCUGAGAAGUUUCACAAGCCAAACUCCGCUGUCAGUGUGGCUUCCAUUGCGAGAUACUCUGGAUGCCAAAUAGCCUUUACACUCUGGGGUUUCAUGAUUGUACACAUUGUUCUAGACAUGUUAUGCACGAGUUUUGCAUAUUUUCUGGUUAUUCCAAUAAUGGAUGGCAAGUUUGGGAUGUGGUGGAACACCUUUGGACCAUAUUUUCUGACUUUUCUUGUAGCCUAUGGCCUGGUGAAGCUCCAAGAAGUUCUGGUCAAAAUUUUUUUCCUUCAGGAUAAAAUGUCUCCUUCUGACAAACAAAAACCUCUUGCCCUCAACAACAGGAAGGCGUUCCACUGCUUCAGCUACUUCUUGUUCUUCUAUAACGUGAUAAAUGGGUUCACUUACUGCUUCAUGAGACUUUUCUCCUCUCUUGUGGUCGGGACGUUUCUGUUGUCCCGCCUGGACAGAACCAUCAUGCUGAGAGGAUAUGAAAGCAUGGAUAGGGGCUACAAAACAUGGAUUGGGAUGAUCUUUGCAGACCACUAUCAUAACAAUCCAGCCAUGGUGUGCUUUUGUCAGCUGCUGAUCUCCAACAUAAGGGAGAGACAAACUGGGUCGACUUACUCUGUACUGGACAACACGCCAUCUGAUUCCCCAGUGGACAGCCGGGCCAGGCAGCGCUGGGCCUUAUUUUACACCUUACUGAGGAACCCUCAUCUGAUCCCACUCAGAAAGCAGCACCUGUCUGCAUCUUCACACUUACCUUUAUCACCAUCUCCCCAGUCAGAUAUAGUGGUACGGGCUUGGAUCAUGGCCUCACAAGCAAAGUCACAGUUGUCACCACAGAUAUUUACAGCAGCUGACUGUUAAAGACUGUAAAUAGGAUGUCAUUCUGUCGUUUCCUCUGAUACAGUUUCAGUCAGAAAAUCAACCAGUUCCAAAAGUUGCUUCAGCUUCCACUCUUUCUGAAUACUUUAGGACUGACAUCUGACUGGUUGGAUACAGUUUGGAUGAUAUAUUGUGUCAUUAAUUCAGCAGUCAGGGAACACAUUCAUCUUUUAUUUAGUACAAAAAUUUUGAGAGCAGCAUAAUUGAUGGCAUUCUGCAAAAUAAGUUACAGAGCCAUAACAUUGUGAAGUGGUAAUAAUAUGGUUAUUUCAUUACAAUUGUACUUUUCACUGGGUCGGAUAUAUUAGGAAGCAGGUGAACAUUUAGUCUUCAAAACUGAUGUGUUGGAAGCAGCAAAAUGAGCAAAAUAAGGAACCGAGUGACUUUGACAUUGUAGAAGACACAAAAUACACAAGGACAAAUAAAACGCUUCAAACCGCGUAUGGCUGUCAUCAAUUUUUCGUCAAAUCCGUAAAACCCAAGUCGUAGCCUAAGUAUCAUAAAUCCGCAAGUCCACCAUAAACAAACCAUUUUGUUUACAAGCAGAGCCGGUAGGUCACUCGGGCAUUUUUGAAAAUUUGUUGUGACGUGCUUUGUGGGAAGCAGAGCUCCACGCAGCUGCAGUAACAAGAGGCAAUGAAACCGUUUCCGUAUUUGCUGCCGCUGUGGUCAUAAUGCAGCUGCGUGGAGGUCAGCUUCCAAUUCAGCAUGUUGGAACAAAUUUCCGGAAAUACCCAAGUGACCUACCGGCUCUGUAAACAAAUGGUUUCUUUAUGGUGGAGUACACUUCAAAAUUAUUCACCGUGAGGGAAGAGAUUCAGGUGAGUCAUCACAGAAAGACUUACAGAUUUGUGAUACUUAGGCUAUGACUGGGGUUUAACAGAUUGGAUGAAAAAUUGGUGACGAAAGUCAUACGCAGCUUUAAGACUUCGUGACAUUACAAUAUGGGACUAAUAUGAUAUCAGAAGGUCAUUAGAUAAGUAAGAAAGUAAGAGUAAGUCUGAAGGAGCAAAUCCACCCAUGAAAAGUCCAAGAAACGACUUGAAACAAGAGCUGAAACAAGGAAUCGAUUAAACAACUUGGAACUGACUAACAAAAUUAUUCAAUUACAUUUUUUCUGAAUCGUAGCUUCAUUUCCUUUAUUUCGUUGCUGAU